AUGCACAUUAUCACUCCUUUGCUGAUACCAGCAGUGUUAGUGGUCGCAGCCCGGGUCCCAUACCGGGAGUAUAUUCUAGCCCCAUCCUCUCGAGUAAUUGUCAACGGGUCUGUCACUAAUGCGAAUGGCCUGACUGGAUCCUCAUUGGGCACCGCCGUCUUCCAUGGCGUUUCAUCGGUGACCUACGACUUUGGAAAGAACGUUGCAGGCCUUGUUUCCCUCACGGUUGGAUUUUCUUCCUCUCCAUCUGCCUUCCUGGGGGUCACCUUCUCUGAAUCAAGCCUGUGGGAGAGCAGUGAGGCGUGUGAUGCUACUGGAGGUUCUGGCCUCGAUGCACCUUUGUGGUUCCCGGUUGGUCAAAAGGCGGGAACAUAUACCCCUGACAGCAAAUACGUUCGAGGUGGUAUCCGGUAUCUGACGGUCGUGAGCAACACGAGCGCGACGAUCCCUCUCAACUCCCCCCACAUCACAUUCACAGCUGCUCCGGAUCAAGAUCUGCAAGCGUACCAAGGCUGGUUCCACUCGAAUGACGAAUUGCUGAACGAGAUUUGGUAUGCGGGCGCAUAUACCAAUCAGCUGUGUACAAUUGAUCCAACAUAUGGCUCCGCGAGCUCGGAGACUAUCUCCACCUCCGGCCUGAAUUCCUGGUACAAAAAUCUCACUAUCGCCAAUGGAACCAGCACAGUGACCGAUGGCGCAAAACGAGAUCGCGCUGUUUGGCCAGGCGACAUGUCGAUCUCUCGAGAGAGUAUCGCGGUCAGCACCAACGAUCUGUACAGUGUAAGAAUGGGAUUGGAGGCCCUACUCGCUUUGCAAUCAUCUGAGGGACAACUGCCUUGGGGUGGCAAGCCUUUCAACAUUGAUGUUAGUUACACUUACCACCUACAUUCAGUGAUUGGAAUGUCCUUCCUAUAUCGGUUCUCAGGCGAUAAAGUCUGGCUUUCCAACUAUUGGAGUCAAUAUUCGAAGGGGGUCGAAUGGGCUUACACGAACUGGGCCAGUAUUGCCGAUGGGGUCAAAUCUGCAGCCAACCAGCUACUCUGGGACGACCAAGCAGGACUUUACCGAGAUAACCAGACAACCGAGCUCCAUCCACAGGACGGAAACGCCUGGGCUGUCAAAGCCAAUCUGACCCUUUCCGGCAGUCAAAUUCGAGCUAUUUCUCAGGCCCUCAAGGCGCGUUGGGGUCGUUACGGUGCCCCCGCGCCCGAGGCCGGGGCAACCAUCUCGCCUUUCAUCGGCGGCUUUGAAGUUCAAUCUCACUUUCUGGCUAACCAGCCCGAUUCGACAUUCAUUGAGGGAUACUCCACGGAUGGCUCGAUCUAUUACGCCCCGUACGCUAACGACGCACGUAUCUCGCAUGCUCACGGUUGGUCCACCGGCCCAACAUAUGCCUUAACAGCCUAUGCCGCUGGUCUGCAGCUACUCGGACCGGCUGGAAACAGUUGGUUAAUUGCUCCGCAACCUGGGGGUCUGACUAGCAUAGACUGUGGACUCGCUACUGCUCUUGGAGUCUUCUCGGUCGUCUUUGAAAGAGAUUCAGUUGGCCGUUAUGAUUCUUUCUCUUUUGGCGCGCCGACUGGGACUACCGGCAGGAUUGAGUUACCAGGGGUCCGAGGCACGUUGGUCUCCACCACGGGCCAACGCGUGCAGCUGGUUAAUGGCACAGCUUCCGGUUCGAGAGGAGGAAAAUGGAAGCUGAUUGAGUCAGCCGACUGA